AUGGAGCGUCCCAAGCUUACGGGCCACCGCCGACUUCCGGCAUCGCUCAUCGACAAAGACCAGAAAUGUCAGAACUGCCACCAGCCCGGUGCGACCAAGACGUGCUCCGGUUGUGGGAUUUCGGACAUAGGCUCCAUCUGCACCCGUUACUGCAACGAAGCCUGUCAGAAGCAGCACUGGGCCCUACAUAAGCCCGUUUGUCGGGAUCGUCGCCGCCUCGCCAGGGCCGUCCGACUUCUUUCUGAGGUCUGGGAAGCCUUUUCUACUCUCACCUACGACAGAUUCCUGACGUACAAAGUCGAGAAGGGGGGGUUCAUCUCUGCUCAUGACGAGCCGGAUCUCACCAAGGACUUCGGAUGGGUUGGGGAGACCAUAUUCCGCGACUUCCAUCGAGACGUGGUGCCUCAUGAUGCUGACGACGAGGUAAAGCUGGCACUGCUUCAUGAUUCUAGUUGUGCCGAAGUCAUCUCCGUCGGGUUAGAGCUUAUCGAGCUCUUUUUGGAGCCCAUUUGUUCCACCAUUCGAGAGGCGAGCGUGAAGGGAAAAGACCUCGCAAUGUUCAUCACCCAACCUAACGGCGUCGUAAAAGUCUUUAAUUCCCACUUGGUGCUCCAUGUUCAGGUCAACAGCGGCGAGAGCUUCGCCAUCGACAUCACCGGUGCUCAAUUUGGCUGGCACGAGAAGAUGUACAAGUGGGAUGUCUAUCUUCAGCAUCGUGCUACCUUUGUCCGUUGUCUAGAGCUUGGAACUUGGGCCGGUUGCUGCUGGACUAAAAUGAUGGCUUUUGAGUCCAACACUUUCCAACGACAAGCCUACGAGCUUCGAAACCAAAUCUGCAGCGCGACUGAAGUGGCUCUGAAGGCAUUCCUUGCCCUGAAGCAUACGAAUGUUCUCUCGCUAGUGUCAACACCUGACGCUGCGGCAUUUCCAGCUCAAAAGACGGAGCUCGUCGAGCGAGCUGUCUCCUGUAUCAAGGAAACGAUCCAUAACCUUACGGCCGUGCAAGCUAUGGGCAGGUGGUACGUGGAACUGAUUAAGGUGCUCCCUGGCAAAUUCGCAAUAGCGCGCAGGGUUGUCGAUGAAGAAAACUUUGCCAAAAAGAUGGAAAAGGCCUACCUCACACAAGAACAAGUCGAGAAACUUCGAUCUCUCAGUGUG